AUGUCUCUAAAAUCAGCAAAAACCAUCUGGGAUUAUCUCAAGGCAGAAUAUGAAAAAGAUGAUCGUAUCAAAGGCAUGCAGGUGUUGAAUCUCAUUAGAGACUUUGAGUUGCAGAAGAUGAAAGAGUCUGAAGCCAUUAAGAAGUACUCUGAUAGGCUUAUGAACAUAACAAACAGAGUAAGAUUACUUGGUUCUGAGUUUAAAGACUCUCGUAUUAUUGAAAAAUUUCUGGUUACUGGACCUAAAAGAAUUGAAGCAACCAUAACCACUUUGGAAAACACCAAGGAUCUGUCCAAAAUUACUUUGGCAGAAUUAUUGAAUUCCUUGAUGACACAAGAACAAAGAAGGGUUAUGAGAGAAGAUGCAAUUAGGGAGGGUUCGUUUCCAGCCAAACAUGAAGAUAGUGGAAGAUAA